AUGACUACGACCCUGGUGCUAGCUGCUAGCUUGGCUACUUGUGAAGUUGUCAAGUCUUACAUCGACCAGACUCUGGGUCCCUACCUGGUGAAUGUAACAUCAGCAGCUGCUCUUUGCAGUCAGGCUUUGUGUUCCUCAAAGGGAAGAUGCGGGAGGAGGAACCCAACAUCAAGGACUUCCCUCCACCUCGACCUUGAUGUGUGGAAGGUGGUGACUGAGAAGAAACCAGUAGGGGGACCACACUACAGGGUGCUCGGGCAGAUGAGGACAAAUGACGUAACACGCAUGAAGUCUCAGUUUCAGUGCAAGUGUUACUCCGGGUGGUGUGGGGAGAGCUGCUCCAAGCCGAAAAAGGGAUAAAAGAUUUUUUCUCACAGGGGAAAAUCUAAUGACAGUAUUAGUCCAAUAAAUAGCAUUCAAGUAUUUGUAAGUGUAAGUGUUCACUGUGAUUGUACUU